UUUGAGCAGGGCCUUCGUUACUGCUCGACGCGCAACGGAACCUUGGUCAUGCCCAAGCUACCACAUCUUCAGCUCUUUGCAGUACAGAAGUCCUUUGAGCGGGACACAUCUUGGCAAGCCUAUAUUGGUUUGUCGCGGAGUAAAGAUGGAACAUGGCGAUGGGCAGACGGCACCGAGUUCAAUACCGGCUCCCGAAACUGGCGGGCCGGACUAGGACCGCAGCGAGUCGGAGCGGAGUGCGCUGUGUUAGGAGCUCCGGAUAACACACUAAUGGCUGUGCCCUGUGUCCAGGUGGAGAUGAUUAUCUGUGAGCUGGAUAUCGACGAAUGUAAAAAGUACACGGGAACGGCCAGUUUGUGCACAUCAUCUCAGGAGCAAUGUGUCAAUACACAUGCAUCGUACACGUGCGAGUGCAAGCCCUUCUACAUCCGAGAUAACGACACAUGUGUUGUGGAUUUGACUCGGAACCUCUCCUCUGAUCCCAGCGUCAUACAUGACGUCAUGGUCAUGGUGCGCAACUCCACCACCGAGCCUUGGCGUGUCGAGCAGACAUACCCAGGAGCCAAUCGUAGCACUCUGAUCCGAGAGUCGAUCGCGGAUGAUGGACAGAAGAGAGUGUUUGUCGUACGAUCUCACACCCCGUCAGGCAAUGCUACUGCGCAAGACGUGAUCAAGCAACAGUUUCUGGAGCUCAUAAAUGCAACGUCCAAUUCAUCACUAGAUCCAAUGAAAGAGUGGACGAAAGAUAUGUUCGCGAAUGGAAGUCGCAUCUACCGCAUCGUCCCCGCUACGAACCUGUCCAUGGCUGUGGAGCUACUAGUUAAACCAGCCGCUCCCUCCUCACCUCCCACACGCACACGUAAGACCCGGUGCACAUCCAACGCGACCAGCAGCACCACCCCGCACUUGAACUUAAAGUCAGACUACAGAGUGUACGAUCUGAGGUGCUCAGACGAUGCUCAAGCAACCUCACUUUCGCACUGCAAGUGGACAACGGAGGAAUUGGCGACGGACGUAAAGAAAUUCGGCCUAUUCACCACGGGAUCAUAUGAAAUACGUCUGCACUGGGAUAUAGAGUUUGGUGGAAGCACCAUUUCGCUCGGAUUCACCAUCCCCUUUGUGAUCCACGUGACCAUCGGUACCGCAAGAACAGCAACACGACCGUGCGCUGGACGUACCUUGCACUACCACAGCAGUGCCAAGACGUAUCCAGAGGCCUCAACGCACUGCCAAAACCAGGGUGCGGAGCUUCUCACGCAUUUCACUCCUGCGAUACGUUCAUGCGUGCGUGAAUUUGACACGCCUGUACUCUCUAUUCACGGACGUCGUCUGCUGUACAUUCCCGUGAGGACUGGAUGCGGGUUUCUCUAUUCAUCGACGAAGAGUGGCGAUCGCAUUGCCAGCGCCCUGCUCCAAACUACUGGGCGGUGUGGGGUGGAUUUCUGCUUGGCGUACACCUUAUCCCCUGGUGUUCACCUCCUGUCGGUCAAGUGUGACAUUCACAGUCCAUUUAUAUGUGUCAAAGGAAAGGUAGGAGAUGCGUGCGCCCGGGGAAGCCAUGAUUGCCAUGACAACUACACGUGCACUGUCAACACAACAGACUUUACCUGCAAGCCGAUGGGUGAUGACUUGGCUGCAAAUGGAACAUCACAAGGUACAACGUCCAUUCGAACUACUACAGACUCAGCAACCACUGCGGGUCCGUUUAGCACAUCAGCACCCGCAACAACCCAACGAUUGCCGUCUUCUCCGCCCAGUACUCGAGCUAACCCCACUGCACCACCCGGCCUUAUAAACCUCGAAGGCGAAGGCAGUACUGGCGGUGGUGGUGGUGGUGGCGGAUCGACCUCUCAAGUCGGCUUAAUCAUAGGUAUAGUGGUGGGUCUGCUCGCCUUGGUUCUGAUCGUCAGUGGAGUGUGGAUAUGCUAUCAGAGACGCAAGAACGCUCGCCACCGCUAUGAUGCCCGCGUAGAAACAGAAGCUGAUGGUCAGGGUGAGUCCACUGCAAGGCUGAGAGGAACAGAGCGAUCUGGAAGACCGGCAGAAGCAGCAUCAAGCGAACCUCAACCAGUGGAUAUCUAGCUCACAUCCCAACGCAUCUAUCACUAGUGAUAACUUUGUAAAUCAUUUUUAAAUCAUUUUCAUCCAUUCGUGUAGACUAUAGUCAUGCCUGGGACAAUACAGGAUAUUUGUGGCGGUCUUUAUGCAACUUAGGCUGAAAUACGAAGAAAACAAGCACUAGUGACCAGCUUUUUCUAAACCGAGCCUAAUAUCGGAGAUGUUUCGAGUGACGCUGGUGCAGAUAUGUCAUUGUGGGCACCAUUGUGUAACUUAUAUUUGUGGAAUAAUGUUGAAAUCUCACAUGUAUAAUAAUUAUUUCCUCACAUCCUGGUCCAACAAAUAGAAUAACAGAUGCAUGCCAGCACGCGGUAUUGGCAACAGUUUAAUCAUUGGUCGCAUGCACCAGUUCAUUGAACCCUGCCUAUGCUCUGUCUCCUCUUUCCGACCAAUGGAUGCACCUAGGAUACGGAGAGUGCUGGGAUUCCGCGUUGCCUGAUGAUUGCAAUGACGAAUCAAAUUCUUGGUAUUCUUGUUGGUGUUUCGAUCAAAACCAUGUGUAUUGAGAUAUUGUGUCAUACGCAAGCACAUUUUCUUUGCCCGUGUAAGAGGCUUUCCCCGUGA